UUCUUGUAACACCGCUUUGCAUUUUCUCAGAGGCAUGGAGUCCACGGUAAAGCGGUUAAUGUGGGCUUGGAUUAUCUUGGCGUCCUCGCUUCACUUUGAGUCACCAGGCGUUUGCUCAAUCUCACUGCCAGACAUCACUAAUCGGACCUUCAUUGAUGAGUGCGUCCAGGAGCAUAACAAGGCGCGGUCCUCUGUCAGCCCGGGUGCAAGUAACAUGCUGUACAUGACAUGGGAUGAGGGGCUGGCCAUUACUGCCAGGGCCUGGGCGCGGAACUGCCUUUUUGAACACAACAUCCACCUGGGCGAGGUCCACCGGAUGCAUCCCGUCUUCCCCUCAGUAGGAGAGAACAUAUGGGCAGCCUACCCGCCCUCAACAUUUACUGUGACGUCUGCCAUUAACUCUUGGGUCAAUGAAAAGCAAUACUAUUCCUACAAUGCAAAAAGCUGCACUAAUGUCUGUGGCCACUAUACACAGGUUGUGUGGGCUAAAAGCUACAAGGUCGGCUGUGCUGUCCAGGUCUGCCCGAAUGGCGUCAAGGAAACAAGAUUUUCCAACAAAGAGGGUGUCAUUUUUGUAUGCAACUAUGCCACAGCAGGAAAUGUGGUUGGACAGCGACCCUAUGCCACAGGGAGUCCGUGCACCCAGUGUGAAGGUGAAUGCAGGAAUCUUCUCUGCCACAGCCAAGAGCGAGACAGAGAGAGAAGUUACAGCUGGACUCCAGACUGGGAUCCCGCUCUGCAGACCUGCGGCCCCGCCUGUUUGGCUGUUUUGGCGCUCCGCCCGCUGGCCCUGAUCGCCACCUUCAUCGCGGCGUACGGAGUCCACCACUUUUACCCCGACAUCUUCUGCUACGAAUAGACUUCUCUGUGAGGUUUCAUCAGUCUGGUAUCCGCAGUGCCGAGACACAGCUUUCACUCUCAGGAUCCCUUUUUGCUUCCCAUUCCCGAUGUACAAACCGAGCCGGGAAAAAAUCGGCAGCUCCAAUUGCCAGGCAUGACUUUCAGAAACCUCUUAGACUUUUUUUAUUGUCAUUGCACAAAAAAA